CAUUCCAUCAAAUUUUGACAACCGUCGCCUGCCUCGCUGACAUUUGCGACCAUUUUCGUUCGUGUGGUGCUUUCUGGAGGAAAACUAAACGACGAAGAAUCGGCCCAGCACGACACAACAAUGGCAUCGAUCGCAAGCAAGGGCUCCUCCCUGGUGUCGACUCUGCUGACCCAGGCGCGCCCCAAGUUCAACGUGUUCAUGAAGUACGCCCGCGUCGAGCUGACCCCGCCCACGCCCGGUGACAUUCCGGCCAUCCGCGACGGAAUCGCCCGACUCGUUUCGGGGGCGCGCACCGGCGCCUGGAAGAACCUGACCGUCAAGCAGGCCUGGCUGAACUCGCUGGUCGCGGCCGAGGUGUGCUUCUGGUUCUACGCCGGGGAGUGCAUCGGCAAGCGCCACCUGGUCGGUUACGAUGUUUCGGAAUAAGCUUGGAAUCUUUGUGCGAGUCGAGAUAAAUAAUUACUUCUGCUAUUGAGAGAAAAGAA